UCUGGCCUGCGGGACGUUCACAUGUGCGCUUAUUUACGGUUGUUACGUUCUAGUAUGUCGUAUCUGCAUGUUUGAAACGAUUUAUUUUUGAAAAGACGUAUACUAGUUUAUCCAAAAUCAAGUGUACAUUGAUCUUAUUAUAAUGGGCAAAAAGAGGAAAUGCGUUGGUGAUGAACAUAAUGAUGAAGAAUAUGAUCUGCCAGCCAAACAUAUGAACACAAGUCAUAUUAGGACAAAUGAACGAAGGCUUAUUGUAAUCCUAGAAGGAGCACAACUAGAAACGGUGAAGGUUGGACCCGUUUUUGAGCUCUUGAAUUGCGAUGAUCAUAUCAAUAUACUGCGAAAACACAAUCGUGACCCUGGUAGCUGUCGGCCGGAUAUCACACACCAAUCGUUAUUGAUGUUGAUGGAUUCUCCAUUAAAUCGAGCCGGAUUGCUUCAGGUUUAUGUUAAAACUGAAAGGAACGUUCUCAUUGAAAUCAAUCCACAAACGAGAAUACCACGCACAUUCAAACGAUUCGCUGGUUUGAUGGUUCAAUUACUUCACAAGUUUAGUAUAAAAGCAAGUGAUUCACCACAAAAGCUAAUGCGUGUCAUCAAAAAUCCAAUCACAAAUCAUCUUCCUGUCGGUUGCCGGAAGUUUGCGAUGUCAUUUUCGGCAGCUAAAGUUCAACACCCCAAAGAGCUGGUUCCCGAAAAGGAUGAGCCAGUAGUGUUCGCUAUAGGUUCGUUUGCACAUGGAAAUUUGAAUUUGAGCUACACAGAGGGGUCCAUCUCCAUCAGUAACUACCCUCUAUCAGCGGCACUCACCUGUACCAAGCUAUGUUCAGCUUUCGAAGAAUCGUGGGGAAUUCUCUAGUUUAAGCAAUGAUAGAUUAUAACAAAUAAACAAAUUUCUGAAAAUGCA